AUGGCGCGACAGUCGAGGUCGCAGGCACAGGCCGUGGCAAGUGGCGGUGAUGGGGAUGUGGAUAUGGACGUGACUGCGACUGUGACUAUGACGCUGGAUGAUGCGCAAGUGGUAUUCGACAGCAUGGAAUGUACUCUAAGGAACAAUGUGUUUUCAAAGAUCGAGUGUCAACUUUAUUCGCGGAUGGCUUUAAACGUUAUUUUUACCAUUGGUGAGAGAAAGGCAGCUGACAAACUGUUGGGAGUUUGCGAUGUCAAGCUUUUUAACAAAGGCCAGAGUAAGGUCACGCGUAUAAAGAACCUCAGACUGGAGUUCUGUGAGCUGAAAAAGCACACAGAAACACGAUCAUUACUGGGACAAUACUACCAGGCGAUUCGAAAGGCCGUUGCAAAUUUUCCCGACAAGUGUCCUUUUCAAAAAAACACCACAUAUUUUAUAAACCGUUUGAAUUUCAUCUGGCAAACCUUACCGCAGUACCUACCCGAGGCUAAUUACUCUUUUAAUGCGAAGAUUUAUGCAAACAACAAGCUGGGACUGGAGAUCAAACUCAAGGGCGGCUUUUACGAAAUUGGCAAUAUAUCGGAAUACAUAAUUCCCUUGAUAUAA